AUGGUGUCCGAUAUCGCUCGCAUGCUCAACAGAUCUAUCAUCUACGAGCAGACAUGGAUCACCCACCCGCGUCCAAACGUAGCCAAGAAUUACUUAGACUCAAAGGCGUCCAUCGACAUUCCCUGUUUAAUCAAGGCGGUGAGCCGGGUAGCCAAGUACGACUUUACGGCUGCGUUAUGGUUCGCGACAGGAGGGAGCAAACUGUUCGCCGUCUUACGCUUCUUGGGAGAACAUACGAAGAUCCCUGUGCCGACCGUGCACGGAUACAGCGUCGAACGCGACGACGGCGUGCCUCCUUUCGUUGUUGAACAAUGGAUCGACGCCGAGCCAGUCUGGCUCCGUAGCCUUACUCUCACAGAGCUUCACUCAUAUGGGGAAUGUCUAAGCCAGAUCACGAAAGAGUGGAACAACAUCACGUUCAAAGAGAUCGGCGCGUUAUAUCCCUGCAGCUCGACGUACGAAAUCAAAUCCUGGGGAAGUGAAAUGCAGUGGUUCAUGCCGCCAUUCAGCGCACCUGUGUCUUCCUCUGUGCAAGCGUGGUACUACUCCCUCAUUGACACGCAGAUUGAACGGCUCCAUUCACCACAAACCUCAAUCUGUCAACUAAAGCUGCCGAAAUUUACCACCAACCAGAUUUCCUUCGCUCUCCAUUGCUACAAAGAUCUCCGGCGAUGGUUGGCAACAUCGGAGCAUUUUCAACAACUCGGCUCCUCCCGGUUAGCCCUCAUACAUCCUGACCUUCAAUCCUCAAAUAUCUUGGUGUGCCGGGACGGAUGCGGGGGUGCGAAGAUCAUGGCGGUCAUCGACUGGGAGCUCGCUUUCGCUGGACCGAACUAUCUAUUCCGCGUGGCGUAUCUGCCCGACGUGGUACGACAAUUUAAGGAAGCAUGGACGAAGCUAUCGCCUGAUCCCGUCCCCCCGCUUUUCGAGAUCGAUGAUCAUAGCCAGGUCGGGAAGAUCUCCCGCAUCUCAAGCCUUCAUUCCGUUGUCACGUCUGGUCUUUACAGCUUCUCCGAAUUCUUCGAUGGUGUAUGUAGAUUGUAUAGAAGUUGGAAGGACGUGGAAAUCGGCUGCUUCCACGCAGAAUGCCCUCCUGCUGAAGGUCUUGAACGUUAG